AUGGUGGCGUCCUUACUGAGACUUACGGUCCUAGGGACUCUGGCAGUACAGGCCGUCUGCAAGACUGUCAACACAUCGUCCCUCUUGACCUACCAGGACAAACCGCGGGUGUUUAUCCUAUCGGAUAUCUCGAAUGAGCCAGACGACCAAGAGUCCUUGACACGGUACCUCCUCUACUCUAACCAAUUCAAAACCGAGGGUCUCGUCGCAUCGACAUCUACUUGGCUCAGAGAUGCAGUGCACCCAGAGGAUAUGCUGCAGGUGAUCAACGCUUAUGGCAAUGUCACCGAUAACCUCAACAAGCAUGCUCCUCCCAAUGCCCAGUAUGCCUCCGGAGAUUACUUCCGCAGUAUCCUGCGCAGUGGCCCCGCAACCUAUGGCAUGAAAGCCGUGGGAAGCAACGUCACCCUCAGCGACGGCGGAAAGCUGCUUCUCGAACGUCUUCUGUCUCCAUCCGAGAAGCCCCUGUGGGUCCUCGCUUGGGGUGGUACGAACGUUCUAGCGCAGGUGUUGUUUAAAAUCCACCAGAACACCUCAUCCGAAGAGGCGGCUGCUAUGCGAUCCAAGCUGCGCGUGUAUGCCAUUUCCGACCAAGACGACACGGGUGCCUGGAUCCGUCGGAACUACCCAGAUAUCUUCUACAUUUCAUCCACGCACGGAUGGAACCAAUACGGCCUGGCGACCUGGAUCGCCAUUUCGGGCGAGACGUACUACGGAAAGGAUGAGGGUGGUCCUGACAGUUCCACCGUGACUCAUGAGUGGCUGCGCGACAACAUCCAGAUCGGACCCUAUGGUAGUGUGGCGUACCCCGAUUUCAAGUUCAUCAUGGAAGGUGAUACCCCUACUUUCCUGUACCUGAUCCAGAACGGUCUGGGCGACUCUGAGAACCCCGGCUAUGGAUCAUGGGGUGGAAGAUAUACCAAGGUGGACCCCUCAACGGCCGUCAACUACAACCACUACAGCGACGCCGCGGAUCGCGUGGUGGGCCUCAACAACAAGACCUUCAGCUCCAACUAUGCUACUAUUUGGAGAUGGCGUGACGCUUACCAGAACGAUUUUGCCGCCCGCAUGCAGUGGACCCUCCCGGCGAACGUUAGCCAGGCGAACCAUCACCCCGUUGUCUCGGUUAACGGAAGCAAGGAAUUGGCUCCGCUCAAGGUGACGGCUGGGACAGGAUCAACGAUUAACCUCGAUACCGCUGGCACUUAUGAUCCCGAUGGCGAUCGGCUGUCGUACAACUGGUUCCAGUACCAAGAGCCGGGCUCCGAUGAUUGGAACGUAGCAGGACAGGUCCCUGCCCUGAACUUGACUACCGCGAACAAUGGCCAGCAGGCACAGGUCGUGAUCCCCGUUGCCGAGGACAGCUGCAAUGGAAAGGGAGAUAACCCCUCUGGCUGUUGGCUGCUGCAUUUGGUUUUGGAGGUCAAGGAUAACGGCGUUCAUCCAUUGACAACUUACCGUCGGGUGCUCAUCCAGACUACUAACCAAACGACCUCUGGGUGA